GGUUCGAAUUUGCAUAAAGGGAGAAAUUUUUGUUUUCUCAAAAUGGCGUUCUCAAAUAGGUGUCUUCUUAAAAUGUACGGAAAUACCAAAAAAAGGAAAGGAAGGGGAAAAGAAACGAAAAGGAAAACAAAUAAGCAAACAACGAAGCAAGCGAAAGUGCCCCCCCAAUUGCUUGAAAUUUUACAACUUUAAAAUUAUUUCCAAAUGGGUGAAAAAUAACAAACGAACGAAUGAGCACAUUGCCGAACGCGCGACACAAAUGGCCUUUGAAAAAUGGAAAGCCACCAGCUCUGCGCAAAAUAAAAAAAUUAUUCGUAAGGCGUUCGCACUUUUUACUAACUGUUAA